UAUAAGUACAACCGAGGGUUUUUACUUGCCAGUUAUAGUUUUUUACUCAAACGUUUAGUGUCUACAGUUAUUAUGAGUUACUGUAAGCUUAUUUUAUUUCUGUGGUUUGUGACUGUGCUACAGGUUAUGGGCCAGCUUGAGGAUCAUUUUAAUGAGAAAUGGAUUGUUGUUAAUAGAACUAAUUUUUAUAGGUGCUUGAGGUACUGUAUUGAUGAUUUUGAAUCUCAGGCGGAGUAUUUAAAUAUUUUGUGGAGUGAUAAUCAAUUUCUUGAUCAAGGAUCAGUACCGAUCAUUGGAAGAGCAUUAGAAUCAACAUGCGACACUUCAAUAAAAAUCGACUGCAAUAAUUCAUUUGCUGACUUGCCAACUAAACUGGAGUCAAUGACUAGAAAAUACGAGUUUGUAAAUGAAUUAAAAUUUAAAGUCAACAGCGAGACCGAAUUACUGCAAUUUACAAUAACGGGAAAUAUUUCAUGGCUUAUGCUGCAAAUUCCUCUAAGAGCUAGAAAAAAAUCAACAGAAACGUCAUUGUCAUUAAAAAAAAAUAUACAGACAUCAGAAAAUUAUUUUCUGAUAAAAAAUCCACCGCCCGGCGAGCUGAAACUUAAAAUAAACGAAGAAGACUUAGAUCCGUGGAAUAAUAUAACUAUGAUGGUAAUAAAUAAAUCAACAAGUUUAUCACGAAUCGACUUACCUAGUCGUAUAGAUUCUCGUGAAGAUGAUUCCAGCUCAAAAAUGAACCAGGAAAUUUAUGAAGUCGACGAAGUUUUAGUUUCUGGAAACAAAAAUAUUGAAAGAAUGGAUUUAACGCAAUUGGAAAAUGAAAAUGAACUUACUAAGAAGGAUAGUAUUGUUGACAUUGCCUACGAGACUAAAUUAGUAGUGAUGCCGGGAUUCAUUUAUACUAUUUGGUUCUCUGUUACAAAUAACGGUAAUUCUGACGUUCUGUAUCAGUUUGACGUACGCAGUAGCCAAUAUCAAAUUAUUUGUGGUGUCAAACCAAGUUGGAUCCACCCUGGACAGACGCUAAAUAUUCCAGUACAAAUAGCGGUGCCGAGAAACGCAAACGAAUUUUAUGUCAAUACUGUCAGUCUGUCGGUCAAAGGCAAUAAUUUUGGAGAAAUUUCUAAAUCUGCGUAUAUUUAUAUACAGAAUUCUACUGGCGUGAUAGUGAACAGUAAAGAACCAGAGAUAGAAGUUUACUUCAAUGAUAAUUGUUUCGGUAAAUCAAGCCGAGACCGGUGUAGCUUGAGCCAAUGGAGCGCCGAAAUUCUAGUGAAAAAUGACCAGUCUGGAGUUAAGAACGUGAUAUCAGAGCCAGCGGGUAUUCAGCCUUUGACAAGCUUUAUCGCUGGUACUAAAUCUCCAGUUUACUUUUACUACAGCUCGACUUGCUGCAACAAACUCGUGAAGCUCCGAGUUAUUGACAUCAACCAGAACUCUUUUACUAAAACAGUCGACGUGACAGCCUGGGACAAUUUAACAACCGGGGAAAUAAUAGCUGCUGUAGUUGGAACGAUACUUAUUCUGGUUAUUUUGAUAAUAAUUGUCAUUGUGUGUGUUAAUUGUGUAAAAAAACGUAAAAACGCAGACCUUACUUACACCCAACGAUACGGAUCACGACCAACGCCUUAG